AUGUCGGGUGAGGGCUCUCCUGUUCUGUUUGACGCUGUCGGCGGCCACAAGUCGGCCAUCUUCUAUGGUGAAACGACCCACGGCGGCCGCAGCACCCUCCGGAAGAAGACCACGGCAUGGGAGAUUAUGUACUACCUCGCGAUGGAGCUCGCCAAGGAGGACGCGCUGGCGCAGCCGCCGAACACGACGCACCCUCGUGGCGACGAAGCGCACGCCAAGUUUGUCCACGCUGCGGGCAAGAUGGCCGCAUUUGCCUCCACUCUGUUCUCCAUUCACUUCCCUGAGAAGUAUGUGGCCAAGUCGGCAGCGCUGAAGCCAUACACGGAGAACGCAGACGAAUGGGUCAUCGUGGAAGCCGGCGCGCCGGCCCGCAGUGCUGUUCUUGCACCGCUCUUCAACGAACUCUUCGAUGGCGCCGAACAGCUGAAGGGCUUCGAUGACAGGUAUGACACGGGUAUCUGGGGCAUCGGCCUUGUCGACGAGACGUCGGGGAUGCAGAAGCCGUGCAUCAUGGACGUCAAGAUCGGCUUCAUCCGGCACUCACCGCUCACACCAGAGGACAAGGUGGCGCGGAUCGCGAAGAAAGAUCAAAAGGCGCUGGUGCGGGAUACGGCGUUGCGCAUCUGCGGUUGCCGGCGGUACAUUCGCGCCGCUGCGGACACAGAAGGUGCGACGGCGAGUUGGACGUGCGAGCGCUUUGGCAAAGAUAUCGGGUAUGCCGUGUCCGACGUGCGGGAGCUCAGCGCCUGCCUCAAGAUGUUUCUGUCGAUUGGCGCGCCACUCGCGGAGACAAACGAAGACGGGCAGCUCGCUUUCCAUACCGAGGAGAUGGGCGCCGCCACCAGCAUAGAAAUGGCGCACGUGAAGCAGCGCAUACGUUACCUACGCGGUGCAAUCCAAUCGCUGUUGGACUUCUUUGAAAGUACGCCAGAUGGCGCCUUCAUUCUCCAGCACAUGGCCUUUGUCUCGGCAAGCGUGCUCCUCCUGUAUGACGCGGCCGCCUCGCCGGCGACAGCAAAACUGUGCCUCAUCGACUUUUCCCGAUGUUCGUGGCGCAAGUUUAACUUUGAUGAGCUAACCAUAGGAUUUAUCCAGGGUCUCAGAAAUCUGGACACGUACCUUUCGUUUUAG